AUGGAAGACGCAUCAAUGCUUAGAAAAGGUGUUGGAGAUUCCAAAGCACAACAGCAAGUUGAGUUAGAUGUUGAGAUUCAGCAUGAAGUCUUCCAAAAUGACCUUCGAAAAACGGUCACCGACGUGACACUGGAGCUUGUGCGACCACUGUUCGACUGGGAAAUAUCGCGGGACCAUCUAGUCUUUGCCGACAUGUUUGGACGAGACACGUGCAAGCGUCACAUUUUGCACGUUUUAGAGCCUAGAAAGGAGGGAGUUCAUGGUGGUAUAUUGCUGACAGCUGUCGGAAAUACUGUUCAAAUACUGAACAUGAGCCUCCAGGUUGCUACCUCUGACUCCAGUGUCCAAACUCGACGCUAUUUAUUUGGCUUCAGUGGCAGCGGAAUUGGUUGUUUAGCGGUCCAUCCAUCUCGACAGUUUUUCGCAGUAGGUGAAAAAGGGGAGAAACCAAAUAUUACGAUUUACCGCUAUCCGCAGAUAACAGUUUCUCACGUGCUACGAAAUGGAACGGAACGCGCUUAUGCUAGCGUGGAAUUCAGCACGGACGGUGAUAAGUUGGCGUCUUUAGGCAAUAGCCCCGAUUACUUGUUGACUGUUUGGAAUUGGCGUCGUGAGCAUAUCUUGCUACGCUGUAAAGCAUUUGGACAAGAUGUAUUCACGGUCCGAUUUGCUCCAACAGACAGUGGUUUCCUUGCUACUAGUGGCGUUGGUCAUAUUCGCUUUUGGAAAAUGGCAGCCACAUUUACGGGACUUAAAUUGCAGGGUGACAUUGGCAAGUUUGGCAAGAGUGAGCUUAGUGACAUCGAAGCGUUUUGUGUUCUACCAGACAAAAAAGUGCUGAGUGGCACAGAACGUGGCGUGCUUUUGCUCUGGGAUGGAAAUUUUAUCAAGUGUGAGAUAUUGACAUCUCGUCGUCACUUGCCUCAUGCUGGCACUAUUAAUGUUGUGGAUUUUGAUGAAGACGAGGGCCAUAUUGUGACUGCUGGAGAGGAUGGUUAUGUGCGGUUUUGGGACUUCAAUUCCAUUGACAGUGCGGACGUUGCGGCUGAUGAGACUGUUGCACUUGUUCCUAUAAAACGACAAAUGCUUGUGAGGCCACACAUGGAUAUCCGGGCUGUGGUUAAGGAAGCCUCUGACCGCUACCUGUUGCAGGAUAGCGACGGUAGUGUACAUUUAUUGCUUCUAUAUAGUAACGACGAGCAUGAUGUUGAGAUGAAUUAUAUUUCUAACGACACGGGACGUGCUACGGGAAUUGCAUGCUCCCCUUACGAACAUCUCGCUGUUACUUGCGGGGAGGACGGCAGUGUCCGCGCUUGGGACUACACAUCCGAACCUGGCCGAUGUAUAAUGGUAGUGUUUCCUGAGCGAUUUAAUGAUUACGGGCAUACUUCAGUGGCAGCAUCCACGAUUGCAUGGGUGCCAAACAGUGCUGCGAUUCUAAAUGACGUUCUUCCUGUCAGUCGACAAGUAGUGGUGGGUUUUGAUGAUGGAUUGGUUCGCGUCCUGCUGAUGGACGUGGAUAAUUACGCCUGGGUACUUGUUAACGUAUUUAAGCCGCAUAGCAAGCGCGUGACAUGCGUGACCUUCUCUCAUUCGGGUUCUGCUUUUGCGACUGCUAGUACAGAUGGAACUAUUUUUCUUUUUCGCGUUGUUCAAAGCAGUAAAUUGACUGAAAUUGAUAAGAGUAAACCCGAGUACGACCCAUACGGUUUCCAGUGUGUGCCUGCGCCUGUUGUUGCUAUGUGCUGGCGUGACGAUGAUGCAGCUAUCCUUGCUACACUGGCAAAUGGUCAGGUUCUAGAAUAUUUUUUGCCUGAUGAUUUGAACCGGAAUAUUAAUGAUGAUCAAGGAUACAGGGAAAAAAAUAAAUCUACGCAUGCUACCGAUGAAAACGUACCUCAAAGAAAAAGCUCUCCUGAUGAACGAGAAUCCUUUGAGGUUCAUUUCAUUUCUCGUGAGUGGACUCUGCGUCGUCGCAAUCGCUUCAUGAGUGUUAAGGAGCUAGAUAUUUUAGAGGGUCAAAACUCUCGCAUGAGCUCCCUUGAUAUGAAAGACGAAGCUCGUGACAACUUUUAUGUCGAAGUCAAAGCAGCGAAGAAUACAGCAAAGCAGUUGGCGGCACUCUACGAAGUGGUACCGACUGAUGAUACAUCUAGCCCUUUGCGACAUGAUGCCAAAGACUGCAUCUAUCUUAGCUGUGAGGCACCGCUGGAUGGAAGUCUCUUUGUGGUACAGUACGAUCAGCCUCUGCCUUUGAAAGAAUUUGCGUCCGAGUCCGCUGGACAAAUUACUUCGCUUGCUCUGUCGUCAUCUAACCGUUUUAUCUUGUGCGGGCUAUCGAAUGGCAAGUUUCAAAUUCGUAGCUCGCAAAGACCGCAUGCUUAUAUCAGUGGAGAAUUUCAUGACUACGCAGCCUCUACAAGCAACAACAAGCAGCAUCUUACGCUUUCUUUUGACGACGCGUACGUUCUUGCUGUAGGGCGUGACGGCAAUCUCAGCAUUUGCCGUCUGCAUAGUGAGAAAGUCGAAGAAGCGUCAAAGCAGCUGGCUUUUAAGUUUGAAUGUAUGCUGGCUGAUGCCGCUUCUGCUCGUGACCACGCGCAUGAAAUGCAAAAGACCGCAGUGGAAACGCAGCAGAAUUCUAUAGACAAUAAAAACUACGAUGACUCUGGUGAUAGCGGACGAGUGGCAAAUACAGCCCUGAGCGCUCUGCCUGCUUUUUACGGAGCCAAAGCUUAUGCUGCGUUCAUAGAGAACCUGCUGUCACCUAGCGUUGCGGCUGCCAAGGAUAGCGAGCAAUUUCGUGGUGUCGUUCGCUUAACUAGUGAUGUUUUCGGCACGGACGAUAUACGCAAAGCAAUGCCCAUAGUAUAUGAUGAAAGCUCAAAUGUAAAAAGUGGUGUACCCGCCACAGCUCUGCUGCAAUUUCGGGUGAACGAUGUAGCAAAUCCGAAAGACGCUUACACAAUUGAGGAUGUAAAGCUGAAAAGUGAGGCAGACGCCCGAGCAAAAUCAGCACUGAGUAAACAAGAUUCCACUCGUUAUGUCGUGAACAAGCUGAGAAAGCAAUUUGUUGAGCUUCAAGCGCAAGAUGCAGCACUCCCACUUCACAGCCGUAUCGAUGCCGAUGAGUGGGAAAUCGACCUGAAUUACGGGGAUUUGUUGAGAAGACAGGGUGACGAGGCUUGCGACGAAGUGCGGAAGGCGCUUGCGCUUGCUGUAGAUACAGAAAAACUUUUGCUUUCAAAGAUGCGGGAGGCUUACCUUGGCCCGUUAGCAGUUGAGGUUUUGACGUUGCACGCAUUUGAAAGUGGAUUAAGCGUACAAUCUUUUCGCACUAUGAACUUGUCGGCAAGUUUGCAUAAAUCUCUUGCUGAAAUCCAUGCUGUUGACGAAUCUUCUAAAAAGCAGUCAUUUGUCAGACUAGAUGACCCAUCAAAGCGAGCGUCAGUGCUCCGUAUCUUGGAAAAGAAUGCACAUUUAGAGGACGACUUCCCACUAAAAGAGGACGAGCGACGCAGUCUGACGAUUCGUGAGCACCCAGCUGUGGAUGGAAAGAAAGAGGAAGCAGGUUUGGCUUCGGGUCCGAUUACAAUGCAUGAAAGCGAUGGAUCGAAGUCGGUACAUGGCUUUGAAGCGCGCAAACGAUUGCGCACUGAGCGAAAAAUGAAGUUGUCGCGAUGGCAGAGUAGUAAACCAUCUGACGAUGCUGAUGAUCCCCGUGAUGUUGUUGCGAUUGCUUUUGCACAACGCAACAUGGGUGACUACAAAUUAAAGACUGCUGCUGACUACGUUGUUCCAGAGCACCAGCGAGUGAAUGCAGUCAAGAAGUUACGGCAAAUGGCUUUGCUCGAAGAAGAUUUGUUCUCUUCUCGCUUACGCUUCAAUGCCAAAGUGCUCGAGCUUCGUGACUUGAAGGUGCAAUUAAUCGACGUAUUGCAUCGCGAUCAAGAACAAAGGUCUAAGCUUCUCUCGAUGCUGGUUGCAAAGGAUAGCAACAGAGCUAAAACAUCGUCAGCUUUGCUGUCCAAAGACUUCAAUGUUGACCUUCGCGAGUGGCCAGAGAAGCGUGACCACGUUACCGAUUCUGAUAUUGAUCUAUAUUUGCGUGAAAAGAAAGUUAGGUCACACGUGCAGUCAAAUUUCAAUGACGGGAACAAAUCGAUGUCACGAUCAGGUGCUGAGAAGCAUUUUCAAAUAUCUGAUCGAUCGAUCGCAGCAGUCGCACGAGCUGUCAAAGACACGUCGUUUUCAAGUGGAACCGCUCAGGUGAUCAUGAUUGGGCAUCUUUGUUUGCAAAUUGACGAAGGAUAUACGUUGGCUACUACAUCCACAGCAGCUACUACUUCGCCAUUGACAAAAGCACAAUCUUCUGGUUCAAUUAGUGGACACUAUGACGAUGAUAACGGCAUCCGUGAAUAUAUGAUUCGCCAAGAAAUAAUGCUGCUCGAGCGCAAACAGCAACGUAAUAUAACAGCGUUUGAUGCAGCUAUUGCGAAUCUUCGCCGCGAAAAAUUAGAUCUUGAGGUCGGGUUUAAGCAAGCUGAACUGCGAUUGCUCACUUAUCAGAGCGAGUUGUCGCUUCUUGAAUCGUUCGAAAGCAAAGAGAAUGUGCUGAGUAGCAAACUCGAGAAGAGUAAGGGCGAAAAGACUCACAAUUUGGCUGAAAUGCGCGAUGUGAACGAUCUUUUGAUGAGUAAGAAACAGAAUUUGGACGAUUGGUCACGACACGAGAAAGCACUGCAAGCCGAGUUUCUUACCCUUGUGAAUGCUGGUUCAACUUCUUCUCCUCAUCCUUGUUUUGCGAUACUGCAAAAGAUUUAUAAACGCAAAAUAAAACGAGCGAAGAGAAAGUUAAAUAACAGUAGUAAAGAAGACGGGAAGAAGUCUGAAAGCGCAACGAAUAACGAGGAACAGGAUGAAGCCGACGAGGACGAGGAAGAAGAAGACGAUGAUUACGACGAAGAUGACGAUGAUGACAGUGAAGAAGAGGAUGACAAUUGUCCCCCUGGUUGCGAACUGACCUUAUAUGAGAAGGUACUUACACUGCGUGAAAAGCGAGCCGACGUGGACGACGCGAUGACAGAGCUGAACAAGUCCAUUGACGAGCUACGAAAGACGGGAGAGCGUCUGACAGCGAAACAACGUGCAAUUGACAAGGAGCUCGCUGUCGUGGAGCAAGAUACUCAGCAAUUUCAAAGCGAAAAGCAGUCACGAUUUAAUCAAUUAGACGUCGUCGUGCCCUUAAGUACGCGGCAGCUUCGCUGUCUAGAAUUCUCAUCGUCAAUUCCAUCAAACUGGAUAUUACCCUCUGAAGCUACUCAUUGCCUUGUGUUUACCACAAGCGCAUUUUCAGCCUUGACAGAACGUAUUGAGUCUGUACAAUCAGAAAACAAGCAAUUAAGGCAGAAAUUUCGUGAUCUUCACAAACAGCAAAAUGUGCUUGCUCGGGAAAAGCGUCGACAGAAUGAAGCCAUUGCUCGCGCUCGAGAACGCAGCGAGCAGCUAAUGCGGCUAAAGUUCGGACAGCUUGUGGACCUUGAGGUGCUAGAUCGCGUUUGCGAUGCGUCGAUGGUGGAUAAUCUGCAAACUCGCGUCAAGAUGCGCGAGAUUGAAUGUGAGCGUGCAAUGCGUCGCAUCAAGCAAACGCAUCCUAAACUUCAGCACAAAAUACUACUGGCGACCGAGCAGAAUACUGCAUUAUUAACCCAGAUAGCUGCACUUACAGCGCGUCAAGCUGAGCUUGAGCGCGAGCUAAAUUCUGCCGACAAUGACAGUAGAAAUGGCGGAAUGCAUGAAUUUGAUGACGACCAAGCGUUAGUAGAGCGUGAGAUGAUGGAGCGCAAUAAGCUUGUACGACUCGUUAAGCUCCAGGCGAGAGAAGUUGAAGCGUUGAAGCAGGAGAUUGGGUUACUUCGCGAGCCUUUGAUUCUACAGAAAAUACAUGGACGUUUUUCAUUUUGA